AUGCGGUGUAAGCCUCUGACCGGAGACGCUGCCGUGCACAGGUCCUGCUGCCAACAGCAAAGAGCAGGUGACUUCUGGUGCCCCGACCCCAAAGGCGGCUCCAGGAUGGAAGCACAAAUCCUGCUGCUGUUGCCCAGCAUCAGGGACCCAGCUGUGCCUCCUCCUUCUUUGGAAGCCUCCUGCCACACAGACCCGCUGCUGCCGGGACACAUAAAUUCUUAUACUCUGUUCUUUCCCCUGACAACAGCUGAAGCAGCAAACCUCCCUCCCUUGACAGAGGCUCAGAAGAACAAACUGAGGCACCUGUCAGUCGUCACUCUGGCUGCCAAGAUCAAGUGCAUCCCCUACUCGGUGCUGCUGGAGCAGUUACAGCUGAAGAACGUCAGGCAACUGGAGGACCUCGUGAUUGAGGCUGUGUACGCAGAUGUGCUGCGAGGGAGCUUGGACCAGCGGAACCAGCGCCUGGAGGUGGAUUACAGCAUUGGGAGGGACAUCCGGAGGGAGGAGCUAAGCACCAUCACCCGCACAUUGCAGGAGUGGUGCCAGGGCUGUGAGGUUGUCCUGUCAGGCAUCGAGGAACAGGUCAGCCGGGCGAACCAGCAUAAAGAGCAGCAGCUGGCGCUGAAGCAGCAGAUAGAGAGCGAGGUGGCAAACCUGAAGAAGACCAUUAAAGUGACGACAGCAGCUGCUGCAGCAGCCACAUCCCAAGACCCGGAGCAGCACCUAACAGAGCUCAGGGAGCCGGCCCCUGGCACCAACCAGCGCCAGGCGAGCAAGAAAACUUCCAAAGCCAAAGGGCUCCGGGGCAGUGCGAAGAUUUGGUCUAAAUCAAACUAGUUGGAUCUCCCUUCACAACUGGGAGGGUGAGAGGAAGAGAUUGGGGGGACGGAGGGGUAGCGAGGGUCCCAGGUGUGAUCCUUCUGAGCUCCUCUCCGAGAUCCAUCUUGCCAGCUAAUUCUCCUGCAUGUUUGUUCUCUUUCCUACCUGCUUUACCGACUUCCCAGGCAAUGCCUCCCUCCUUUUCAUCACAGCAUUUCACACUCUAAGCUUGCAGUUGUACGCGUUGCUGUGUCCCCUACCCCUCAAGCCCCCAUCGCCACGGCCACGGUUUCUCUCUUUCUCUCUCCCUGUCCUUUUGACAGGUCAAUUUAAAGAGCCACGAAACUGUGUCAGUCACCUUUGCACCCGCCGGGCAUCACAGAAGCUUGGAAAGAGCGCGCUGGUGCUCGGCAGUCAUUUUGGCUCUAGGAGACCCCUGGGAUGCUUUGCUCCAGGGCGCAGCUGCCAUCUUUGAUUGUUUAAUCUUUGUUUUGCUAGGUGGGAGGGUAGUUUUUAAAGGAUUCUUUUAAAAAAUAUAUAUUACAAAUAUAUAUAAAACAAUAAAAAUAUAGAUCUAUGGACAUAUC